AUGGAAAUGUCUGGGAAUGACGGCAAAAAGCCUGGACUCCGUUGGCACACUGUUGACGAAGAAGCUCUGGAGAACUUUCGCAAUCCGGUCGCGCACACGCAGACCACAAGCUCCCAGCUAUCGAUACACAGUGCAAACAGUAGGAGAGGUUCUAUCGAUCCAGGCACGAUGCUUCCCAUCCAAUAUCGAACAGUUUCCUUCAACAUCGACGAAUCCAAAGAGAAAGGCCUGGCAGACGCAAAGAAAGCCAAGGACUCCGCUACCACAGGCAUGUCAUCCCAGAGUCAGUUAUCUAAACUUGAAUGGCACGUCAUAUCUCCGGAAGAAGUUUUCAGCCGACUGUCUACCUCUGCCAUCAAGGGUCUUAGCGAAGAGGAGGUCAAAUUCCGAUUGGUUGAGUACGGCAGAAAUACACCCUCUCCUCCUCCCACCCAUCGCUUCAAACAGAUCUUUGGCUAUUUCUUCAAAGGGUUUGGAUCUAUCCUCCUGUUGGGCUCCAUACUUGUCUUCAUAUGUUGGAAGCCACUUGGAGACCCUCCCACACAGGCGAACCUCGCUCUAGCAAUAGUCUUGCUCGCUGUCUUUCUCAUACAGGCUGCGUUCAAUGCAUGGCAAGAUUGGUCUUCCUCCAAAGUGAUGGCGUCGAUCACAAACAUGAUGCCAGAGGAUUGUUUGCUGCUCCGGGAUGGCGCCCAAGUCACUACUUCUGCGAGCGGGAUUGUCCCGGGGGAUCUCUUGCUAAUGAAAGCGGGAAACAAGCUGCCAGCGGACGUACGCUUCGUGGAGAUUUCUUCCGAUACGAAGUUUGACCGCUCUAUUCUCACUGGGGAGUCUUUACCACUUUCUGGUACGGUAGAUUCGACCGAUGACAAUUACCUUGAGACCAAGUGCAUUGGGAUGCAGGGCACUCAUUGUGUCUCCGGCAGUGGACUGGGUGUCGUUGUAGCUACUGGCGAUAAAACGGUCUUUGGACGCAUUGCGAUGUUAACGAAUGAGCCCAAGACUGGCAUGACGACACUGGAAAAGGAGGUCCUGCACUUCGUCAUCAUCAUCGUCUCUAUUAUGCUCUCCAUGAUCGUGCUCAACGAAAUGUUUGUUACCGAAUGCUCUAUCGGCACCAAGAAGAUGACCCCACAAUCUGCACGAGACGAGAUCCGCGAUGACCACAAUACUUCUACUAAUGCCGUCGACCAAAUUUCGACGCCGCUACCGGCACUCUGCCCCUUCAAGAGCGGAAAAAUCAAUGGGGACGCCACUGACAAGGCCAUCUUGAGGUUCUCCGAGGGGCUAGGAUCUGUAUCAGAGCUAAAGCGCUUCUGGAAGAAGAACUUCGAGCUGGCGUUCAAUAGCAAAAACAAGUUUAUGAUCAAGACCUUCUCAUUGGCUGAUGCGGAGGGCUUGAAGUAUACACUUCCUCUUAGUGAAGGAUGCCACUACAGCUCGGAGGAUCUACUCCUCACAAUCAAGGGCGCACCUGACGUCUUGAUAGACCGGUGCACGCACUUUACGAGCAAUUCCGGCGAUACAACCGUACUGAACAGUGACAUUCGCAGCACGAUUGAAGAGAUCAAGAACGAUUGGCCCGCCCACGGAAAGCGCGUUAUCCUGCUCGCACGAAAAACCCUUCCGGCUCAGUCGCUCGUCGUGUCGAAUGACCUUGAAUCCGAAAUUACAAAAAGUGCCACGACUGGUCUGACCCUCGUCGGGCUGGUCAGCAUUGUGGACCCUCCCCGAGCCGAGAUUCCUGAGGUUGUGCGUACAUUGAGAAGAGCGGGGAUUCGGAUUUCCAUGGUCACCGGCGACUUUGCCCUUACAGCUCAAGCAAUUGCCAGAGACUGUGGCAUCGUCAGCAGUGUUCCAAGCCUCGUCAAAGACUUCAAGGCGCUCUCCCGUGAGAAAGACUCUCAGUAUGGCUCGACCAAAAGGGAAUUGAGUCCUGAAACCACACAUGAACACGCUUCGAAAACUUCAAUCGUUCUCAGCGGGCCAGAAAUUAUCACCUUAAACGAAAAUCAAUGGGAUCAGCUCUGCCGAUACGAUGAGAUCGUCUUUGCAAGGACAACCCCCGAGCAGAAGCUCCGCAUCGUACGCGAAUUCCAGGCCAGAGAUGAAAUAGUUGGGAUGACCGGGGAUGGCGUGAAUGACGCGCCGUCACUCAAGGCCGCAGAUAUCGGCAUCGCCCUCGGUAGUGGUUCGGACAUUGCCAUCGAAGCCGCGGACAUGGUCUUGCUCGAAUCGUUCUCUGCUAUCGUUGAAGCCGUUCAGUACGGAAGGGUUGUCUUCGAUAAUCUGAAGAAAACAAUUGCAUACUGGGGGUCUUGCUGCUCGACGAGGCGAGGAAGUUUGCGUUGA